AUGAAGGAAUCGAUUUACGAGGGGUGCGGUGAGACCUAGCAGGGAAAUAAUUGGCUGUCCCUUUGCCCACUUUUUCUCUGCGUCUCUCACUGGGCGGGGAACACGAAUAAACAAGUGGAAAAUAAAAAAAAAUGCGAAAAAAGAAAGUAAAAAUUUGAAAAAACGAAGAACCGCGUUGAUAUCGCCCCGGGAACACACAAAAAUAAAUCCGUGCGCCUUCAAAGGAGCACGGCACACAAUGCAUUUCCACGUGGGACCUCUACAGUACCCGCGCGAAAUUUUGGGUUUUUUUUUCGAAAAAAAAAUUAUUUUUCGAGCUUUUUCGCGAAAUUUCGCAGCAAAAUGGAAGCUGAAAAAGCCGGUGCUAGCUGAAUUAAAGCCGUUGGAACCAGAGGGUUUGUCUGAAAAUCUUCUUGAAGAAAAUCUAAACAAAUUUUUUUUCGCAGAAUCCACGUCAUCCGCAAAACAACCACUCACGCCGUUAGAUUUUGCAUUCGAGAAAAUCAAAAAUGAGCAACAAUUGAAAUCGCUGGAAAUUGUCGAGGAUAUGAAAGAUGAUAUAGAAGAAGAGGUUGAGAUAGGCGAAGAUGGAAAUCCGGUUGUAUUGAAAUCAAGAUGGGAUGUUUUUGCGAAAAAAGUCGAGGAAGAGGAGCAGAAGAAGAAAAGUAUACUUUUCGCGCCAAAAAUUGAGCGCUAUGACGUGUCAAAAUCAAAAUCACACCAAAAAUUCUUUCAGAAGCUCUCGCUGUCCGCCGAAAACCAAUGGCAAUUCGCACAACUCCCAAAAAACUCGACGAAGAAGAAGAAGUGGAUGUUGUUGGCGGUGUUGAGGAGCUAAAUCUGAAUCUGAAGGAUUUAGCGAAACUUUCGAAAACCGAUGGAUUAUUAGAUGCUCCCUCACUUCCACCACAACGUCCACAAAAUUCGAGAUUUGAGAAGCAGAGAAUGCGGAAAGAUUUGACACGUGUUGGAGUUUUGGGAUAUCGAUCGAUGAAAAAAUCAGCGGCGAAUUUGAAGAAUGAUGAUGAGAAUAGUGAUAGUGAUGAGGGUGCGGAAGGGUUCCGCGUCUAACUGACGCGGAAGCGGAAGCUUGCGGAUUCUUAAAUGUUUCCUUCUUCCUUAUUACAGAUUCCUCCUACAUUCGAAAACGCCCUCGACUUUGCUCAUCUCCACCGCCUCCUUUAGAAAGACAAGACGGAGAGGAGGAUGUUGUUGUUGGAAAAUCCAAGAAUCCGACUGAUCGGAUAUUGAAGUGAGAAAUUAUGAUUUUUCACCUGGAAACAUCUGAAUUUCAGUUUUUAGAGGUCGAAAAUUGAAAAAUUCACAAUUUUUUUUUGUGGGAACCACGAUUUUGGCCGAGUUGUGCCUGAAAACCAUGAAAAAUUCAAUUUUCUUGGUCCUGAAGCGAAAAACGAGCUUUAAAAAAGCAUAAUCCAAGUUCCUGAAGUGAUGAGUUAGGCUGACUAUCUGCAAGACGAGUUAGGGUAACUUUUUAGUUACAGGAAGACCUUUUACACUAUGUUACUAACUUGUCUUGCAGUUAGUUAGCCUAACUCAUCACUUUAGGAACUUGGAUUAGGCUCUUCUAAAAGCUCGUUUUUCGUUUCGGGACUAAGAAAAUUGAAUUUUUCAUGGUUUUCAGGUGAAAAAUAAUAAUUUCGUGCGAAAAUCGGAAAUUUCAAGAAAAAUCCAAAUUUUCAUCAAAAAUUGAAUUUUUGAUGAGAAUUUCGAUUUUUCCUGAAGUUUUGGACUUUUUCGUAGUCAGAAAAUGCCUGAAUCUGAAAUUUUCAGCCAAAUUGCGAUUUUCAGACAAAGAAAAUCGCAUUUUGACUGAAAAUUCCGGGUUCUCGCGCGGGAAAAUCUAUCGUCAAUAUUUUAUUAAAUUUUUGAUGAAAAAUUCGAUUUUUCCUGAAGUUUUGGACUUUUUCGUAGUCAGAAAAUGCCUGAACCUGAAAUUUUCAGCCAAAUUUCGAAGAAAAUCGCAUUUUGGCUGAAAAUUCCAGGUUCUCGCGCAGGGGAACCUAUCGUCAAUUUUUCAUUUUUAAUUUUCACAGAAGAUUCGACGGUGUUUCUGCCAGCCAAGUGCUCAAAACCAAAUACGCCUCCAGUCAAUUCCCAACCCUUCCGCUCUCCAAAAAAAUCAUGGAACAAAACAAGGCGGCGCAGGAGAAGACAUCCCCAAAUUCUGUUGUCAUCAAAAAGAUGGGCGGCGCAAAAUCGAAUGCGACAUCGGUGGCGCCCAAAAAUCUUCAAAUUCCCGCCUAUUCUGAUCGACCAAAAAGCAUCACGUGUUAUACGAAAAUCAAUGAGAAAACGACGAAAUGUGUUCGUGUUUCACAGAAUAUCAAUAAUAACAAUAAUAUCAGUUCUGGAAAUGUCACGGCGUGUCAAAAAUGCGCUGAAAAUGCGUAUUUUCGCGUGGAUAUGGCCAAUUUUCGGUUUAUGGAGGAUACGACGUCGAUUUCGGUAAGAAAAUCGUAUUUUUUGGGUCUCGCUACUCGAAUUUUGAAUUCCUGUACCUUUAAAAUAGUCCCGAUGCGAAAAAUGAGGAAAAAUUGCAUUUUUUGGCUUCCGGAGCUCAAAUUUUGAAUUCCUGUACCUUUAAAAUGGUCCCGACACGAAAAAAUUGGAUUUUUUGGUUUUAGAAGCGAAAUAUAGGGAAAAAUUGCAUUUUUUGGCUUCCGGAGCUCAAAUUUUGAAUUCAUGUACCUUUGAAAUGGUCCCGACACGAAAAAAUUGGAUUUUUUGGUUUUAGAAGUGAAAUAUAGGGAAAAAUUGCAUUUUUUGGCUUCCGGAGCUCAAAUUUUGAAUUCCUGUACCUUUAAAAUGGUCCCGACGCGAAAAAAUUGAUUUUGAUGGUCUUGGAGCGAAAAAUCCGGUGAAAAAUGAUGAAGAUGUGGAUUUUUCAGGUCUCCGGAGCGAAAAUUUUGAGCUCUGCACCUUUAAAAUUCGAUAUUUUGGGUCUCGCAGCGAAAAAUCCAUGAAAAAUCAAAAUUUUCGCUUCAAGACCUCGAAAUUUAAGCCAUGUUCCUUUAAAAAUGCCAAAAAUCCAUGAAAAUUCCAAUUUUUCGCUUCAAGACCUCGAAAUUUUCCAAAAAUCCAGAAAAUUCGUUAAGUUUUCGCCUCGAGACCAAGAAAAUCACCAAAUGUCCCUUUAAAAAUUCAAAAUUUUGGGUCUCGCAGCAAAAAAUCCAUGAAAAAUCAAAACUUUCGCUUCAAGACCUCGAAAUUUAAGCCAUGUUCCUUUAAAAAUGCCAAAAAUCCAUGAAAAUUCCAAUUUUUCGCUUCAAGACCUCGAAAUUUACGAAAAAAUCCAGAAAAUUCGUUAAUUUUUCGCCUCAAGACCUGAAAAUCACCGAAUGUUCCUUUAAAAAUUCAAAAUUUUGGGUCUCGCAGCGAAAAAUCCAUGAAAAAUCAAAACUUUCGCUUCAAGACCUCGAAAUUUAAGCCAUGUUCCUUUAAAAAUGCCAAAAAUCCAUGAAAAUUCCAAUUUUUCGCUUCAAGACCUCGAAAUUUUCCAAAAAUCCAGAAAAUUCGUUAAGUUUUCGCCUCGAGACCAAGAAAAUCACCAAAUGUCCCUUUAAAAAUUCAAAAUUUUGGGUCUCGCAGCAAAAAAUCCAUGAAAAAUCAAAACUUUCGCUUCAAGACCUCGGAAAUUUAAGCCAUGUUCCUUUAAAAAUGCCAAAAAUCCAUGAAAAUUCCAAUUUUUCGCUUCAAGACCUCGAAAUUUACGAAAAAAUCCAGAAAAUUCGUUAAUUUUUCGCCUCAAGACCUCGAAAAUCACCGAAUGUUACCUUUAAAAAUUCAAAAUUUUGGGUCUCGCAGCGAAAAAUCCAUGAAAAAUCAAAACUUUCGCUUCAAGACCUCGAAAUUUAAGCCAUGUUCCUUUAAAAAAUGCCAAAAAUCCAUGAAAAUUCCAAUUUUUCGCUUCAAGACCUCGAAAUUUACGAAAAAAUCCAGAAAAUUCGUUAAAUUUCCGCCUCGAGACCCAGAAAAUCACCACACAUGUUCCCUUUAAAAUUUUCAAAAAAUGUGUAUUUUCUCGCUGCGAGACCUAUGUUCCUUUAAAAUUUUCGAAAUUUCCACAGGUUCGCGCUCAUCUUUGCGACCAGACACGUGUCAUGAUAGCACGCACCGCAUUCUGGAAUCGAGAAUAUGCGCGCAAACUCGGCGAACGUGCCUACGGUACAAUUUGGCAAAAACCCGACGAAGUGACGGCUCAACAAACCGGAUUUUGUAGUGCAACUGUAAGACGGUGUAUUGAGAUUGCCAAUAUGUCGAUGGUCCCAAAAUGUGCUGAGAGAACUGGAGUUUCGGUGGGUUUUGGGGUGAAAAUUGCAAUUUUUGGGUGAAAAUGAUCUAAAAUUCACGAAAAAUGGUCCCGUAAAUGUGGAGUAUCGUUGGAAUUGGCAAAAACUACGAUGCUCCACGUUUACGCAGUCAAUUUUCAUUGAUUUGCAGUGAAAAAUGACCAUGUAAAAUCGUUUGCAGUACUAAAAAUGUACUGUACUCAGCAUUUACAGUACCCCAGAAAAUGAUGAAAAUUCCAAUUUUCCAGAAAAUUCCCCCCCAGUGGGGGUACAUGUAGGCGUGACCGCUUCGCGGAAGCUUCCAUUUACACUCGUUUGCCUACUGGCGCUCGAGACCUACAGUAACUCGGGGGUACUGUAGACGAGCUACGGUACAAUACAUCAGAGGUACUGUAGGCGUGGCCGCUUCGCGGAAGCUUCCUUUACACUCGCGCCUCUGGCGCUCGAGACCUACAGUAACCCGGGGGUACUGUAGAUCAUGUGCUACGGUACAAUACAUCAGAGAGGUACUGUAGACAAGCUACAGUACCCCAGAGUGGGUACUGUAGGCGUGGCCGCUUCGCGGAAGCUUCCUUUACACUCGCGCCUCUGGCGCUCGAGACCUACAGUAACUCGGGGGUACUGUAGACGUGGCCGCUAUUAUUCAAUUUUCAAACGAUGCUCCACGUUUACGCAGUCAUUUUUCAUGAUUUUCAGUGGAAAAUGACCGCGUAAACGUGGAUUAUCGUUUGCAGUACUAAAAACUACGAUGCUCCGUGUUUACACCUGAUAGAAAAAGGUGAUAACAUUAAUAUUUUAUCAAGAUCAAUAGAUAUAUUUACAUUGUACAGUCCGAUUUCCAAAACUAAAGAAGUCACACAUCGAAGUGUUCGAAAUAGUCGUUUGAUUUUUGAAUUUUCGAGAAAGUGCCGAAAUGAUCGCUUUCCCUGUCGAUUUUUCGCAAUUCACGAAUUCCAAUCUUUUUUUGAUAUCUCCAACUUCUUCCACGUCAUAUUCAUAAUCGAAGAAUCGAAAUAUUCCAUCUCUCCACUUUUUUUCCGAUUUUUCAAACCUGCUGCUUCCGUUCAGAAUUUCACCACGAAUAUAGAGUCCAGCUGUUUUUCCGUGGCUGAUUUCGAAAAAUUUAUCGAUUAUUGGUUUUUUCAAACAUGGCAAAUUCUGAUGAAGAGUUAGGUCAAAACUGUGAGAUAAUGAUGAUGAUGAUUUUUUAAUAGUCGAUAGCAUUUUCAGCAAUUCUUCCUCUGUCACAGUUUUGUCGAAUAAUUCGAAUUCUUCAAGAUUCUCAAUAUAUUCCAUAUUUUUGCAAAAAGUUUUCGAUGCAUUUUUUGUUGCUUCGCGUAAUUCCAGAAACCGAAAAUUUCCAGACAUUUCUGAAAAAUGGUUGAAAAUUUGUGCAAGUUUCGAAAAUAUUCGAAGAUGCUCCGUAGAUGACUGUGCAGGGACGAAUCCAGUUGAGUUGAACAUCGCCGUAGAUGUUGUAGUAGAGCAAGUGAUUCCAUUGAGGCGAGGAAUAUUGGCGGGUUUGAAAUGAUGGAGAUAAAUUGUAGUGGCCUAGUGAGAAGCGGUUGUGUUGAAUAUCUAUCUCGAAUGGACGAAUUGAGCUGGAAAAAGCUGGAUUUUCAGAAUCCACGUGGAAUUUGGAGCAUUUAGAGACUGAAUAUGAGCAUAUUUAGGCUCAAAAUGCUCCAAAUUUCGAGGAUUUUCAAAUUCCACGUGGAAUUUGGAGCAUUUAGAGACUGAAUAUGAGCAUGUUUGAUGUCAAAAUGCUCCAAAUUUCGAGCAUUUCAGAAUCCACGUGGAAUUUGGAGGAUUUUCAAACUAAAUAUGAGCAUGUUUGGGCUCAAAAUGCUCCAAAUUUCAAGCUGAAAUUGAAUUUUGAGUUUAUCCUGGUCCCAAGUUGCUGACCUUUUCUUCUUCCGCAUUCCAUCUACAUAAUCCUUGAAAGACGGUAAAACUCCUCUCAUUAUCACAAUUUCAUAGGUCUCCAAAUAUUCGAAAAUCUGAUCGAUAAUACGAAUUGGCAGAUCGUCGAAAUUGAACUGGAAUUAAUUUUUUUCUGGGGGCUUAGAUACGAUAGUUUUUAGACCUUACCGUAGUUUGAUCUUCGGGAUCUCGAUCCACCAAAUCCAUCGUUCGAGAUAUGUGAAAAUCCAUCAAGUUAGCCUAACUCGAAUGCACACAAUUUUUUUUUUGAUAUGUUGGCGUGGCUUGGUGUUGGCGGGCAGGUGCUAAUUAUGUGCUCCGUGGCCUAGAAAACCAAACCCGCCAUUUCUAGACCAUUUUUGUCUUCGAAUUUCAAAACAAUUCCUUCAGAACAACGAACUUUCGUCACUUCAAACCGCAUUUUCGGAAGAUGCCCAGUUUUGUGGUCAAAAAAUGCGCAAUCCGCACAUUUUGAAUCAAUAUUAUCAUUUGAAGCAUGGUGGAAAUGAUAGCAGAGUUAAUGUAAGUGAUUUUGGCGGGAAAAAUUGAUGGGAAAUGGCUAGUUUUCGCUCCGGGACCCUAAAAAUCUGAUUUUUUGGGUCCUGGAGCGAAAAUAUCAAUAAAAAAUGGUCUAUUAUUGGCCCUGUGGUGAAAUUCUGAUGAAAAAUCGCUAAUUUUCGCUCCAAGACCUCAAAAUUCACAAUAUGUGCCUUUAAAAUGGUCCUGACACGAAAUAUCGAUUUAAAAAAUGGUCCUGCAGUGAAAUUCUGAUGAAAAAUCGCUAAUUUUCGCUGCAGGACCCAAAAAAUCAGAAUUUUCACCUCAGAAUCUCUAAAUUCACAAUAUGUACCUUUAAAUUGGUCCUGACACGAAAAUAUCAACAAAAAAUGGUAUAAAUUUGGUCCUGCAGCGAAAUUCUGAUGAAAAAUCGCUAAUUUUCGCUCCGGGACCUCAAAAUUCACAAUAUGCGCCUUUAAAUUGGUCCUGGAGCGAAAUUCUGUCGAAAAAUCGCUAAUUUUCGCUCCGGGACCCGAAAAAUCUGAUUUUUGGGUCCUGGAGCGAAAAUAAUCAGAAUUUUCACCUCAGAAUCUCUAAAUUCACAAUAUGUACCUUUAAAUUGGUCCUGGAGCGAAAUUCUGUCGAAAAAUCGCUAAUUUUCGCGCCAAGACCUCAAAUUUCACAAUAUGUACCUUUAAAUUGGUCCUGGAGCGAAAAAUCGAUAAAAAAAUGGUCCUGGAGCGAAAUUCUGAUGAAAAAUCGCUAAUUUUCCCACCCAUGCGCCUUUAAAUCCCCCGAAAUUUUGCAGGAAAUGUUGGCAAAAGCCGCCGCCGAAACUGCUCAACAACUUUUGGCCGCGCCAAAAUUGACGAGAGAAGCGGAAAAAGAGCCCGAGGAUGGUAUGAUUAUUAUGCAGGAGAAGGAAAAAGAGAAGGAGAAGGAAAAGUGAGUUUUUUUUGGUUUGUUGGAAAAGCCACGUGGCACGUUUUUGGAAAAAAACGAGAAAAAUCCACGUUUUUUGACACCAAACAUGCCACGUGGAUUUUUAUUUUGAAUUUUUGAAAUUUCAAAUCUGAAAACUGAACUGAAAAUGCUGAAAAUCCACGUGGCACACUGAAAAUGCUGGAAAAUAUUUUUUCUGUAAAAUAAAAUCUGAAAUUUUUCUAUCUGAAAAUCCACGUGGCAAAAUAAUUAUUUAUUUUUUUUGGUUAAAGACGACUCUAAAAUUUGAGGAUUUUCAGAGGAAUUUCGCCACGUGGAUUCAUUUUUUGGAAUUGAAUUUGAAAGUCUGAAAAUUUUACUGAAAAUGCAAAAAAAUCCACGUGGCACUGGAAAAUUUGGGGAAUAAUUUUUAUCUGAAAAUCCGGUGUUGAUUUUUUUUCUCAAAGAAUUUGAUAAAUUUUGCCACGUGGAUUUUUAGAUCCAGUGAAAAUUCUGAAUUCAGCUUGAAAUUUGGAGCAUUUUCAUAUCAAACAUGCUCAUAUUUAGUCUUGAAAUGCUCCAAAUUCCACGUGGAUUCUGAAAAUCCUCGAAAUUUGGAGCAUUUUCAUAUCAAACAUUCUCAUUUUCAGGCCAAUCACUACCCAAAAGCCUGCUGCCAAAACUGUGUCAAUUCCAUCACCACCACCACUUCCAUCAUCAUCAUCUUCAAAUCCACCAAAACCCUCCUCUCAACCCAAUUCUGACACUCUUCUUCUUCUCAAACCAGCCGCCACUCAACCCAAAAAACGUCCAAUUUUACGUUGGCCCGGUUCGCCCUCUUCAAUUCCACCCCAAAAUACACCAAAAACUGUGGUGGCUGCGCAGAUUUUGAGUGCAGCUAUCGCCAAUGUUCCACCGCCAAUUUUCAUGCCACAAUUCGCCGCACCUUUGCUGAAACCACGCGCUUCCGCUUCCGCUUCCGCAACCAAAAAAUCGGCGACAUCUGGAGAGAAGAAGACGCGCGGAAGACCGAGAAAAGUCAAGGAGGCCGACGACGCGGAAAGCGGAAGCAAGGCGGAAAAGGAGAAGAGAAAGGUGAGCAUUUUUGGAGCAUUUGGAAUCCACGUGAAAUUUGGAGCAUUUCAAGACUAAAUAUGAGCAUGUUUGAUAUGAAAAUGCUCCAAAUUUCGAGGAUUUUUAGAAUCCACGUGGAAUUUGGAGCAUUUCAAGACUAAAUAUGAGCAUGUUUGAUGUCAAAAUGCUCCAAAUUUUGAGGAUUUUCAGAAUCCACGUGGAAUUUGGAGCAUUUCAAGACUAAAUAUGAGCAUGUUUGAUAUGAAAAUGCUCCAAAUUUCGAGGAUUUUCAGAAUCCACGUGGUAUUUGGAGCAUUUUGAGACAGAAUAUGAGCAUGUUUGAUUUCAAAAUGCUCCAAAUUUCGAGGAUUUUUAGAAUCCACGUGGAAUUUAGAGCAUUUCAAGACUAAAUAUGAGCAUAUUUGGGUUCAAAAUGCUCCAAAUUUCGAGGAUUUUCAGAAUCCAUGUGGAAUUUGGAGCAUUUCAAUACUAAAUAUGAGCAUGUUUGAUAUAGAAAUGCUCCAAAUUUCGAGGAUUUUCAGAAUCCACGUGGUAUUUGGAGCAUUUUGAGACAGAAUAUGAGCAUGUUUGAUUUCAAAAUGCUCCAAAUUUCGAGGAUUUUUAGAAUCCACGUGGAAUUUAGAGCAUUUCAAGAGCCCAAAUAUGAGCAUAUUUGGGCUCAAAAUGCUCCAAAUUUCGAGGAUUUUCAGAAUCCACGUGGAAUUUGGAGCAUUUCAAGACUAAAUAUGAGCAUGUUUAAUAUCAAAAUGCUCCAAAUUUCGAUUUGCCACGUCAUAACUCUCAAAUUUUCCCUUUUCCAGCCCAAUCCAAGACGCUAUGUUCGCCGAACUGGUCACAAAAUUCCAGCCGGCUCCAAAAGCUACAGUAAGUCUGUUUUUUUGAAGCGCGCGCGAAAUUUUCAAAAUUCAAAAAUUUUCAAUUUUGCAGCUGCGUCAAUCUGUUCGGGAUACGGUCAAAUAUCUGAUCGACAAAACUGUCGUCGAUUUUUCCAGCCAAAAUUAAAUUUUUAUUUUCAUUUUUUAAUUUUUUUAAAAUUUUUUUUCAUGUUAUUUUUUUAUGCCCCCCGCCUGAGAGAUUCUUUGUAUUUUCCUGUUUUAUUCUGAUUCUUAUGAAUUUUAAGAGUUUUUAUGGGAUUUUUGUAGCAAGUGCGCUCCAUUGA